AUGGAAUUCUUACCUGAAGCUUCGUUUGGUCAUGAAGAAGAGAUUUACAAUGACUUUAACCAAGAAUUCAGCAUUGAUGUUGAACAAACGAUGGCAUAUAAUAAAGGAGUUCUCACAUUUGACUGUGAUAAUGAGAUGGAAAUAUUUGAGGAGGAAUUUGAAAGGAUCAUUCCUUCUCUUGCAGAUUAUGCUAUUAAACUAAUAUAUUGUGUUAUUAUUGACAAUAAUCAACACAUAAUCCAAAGGUGCAACAAUGCAGGAGUUCACGAUGUGGGACAACUUUCUGAUACGUGGGAGAUUGACUCUAAAGCUGUGCAAAAAGUUGGAAAUGAGAUUUCAAAAUAG